AUGGACUCAGGUCCGGAAAAUAAGUUACCGAACGAACAAGAUAGUGAGGACAAUGUCCAAAGUUUCCACGGUGCUCAACAGCCAGAAACAACGGUAGGGAUAAAGGAUAACUCAAACACACUCGAACAAAGCGAAUUUCAUGGAACCACCGAAAAAACUUCAUUCGUACCAGUAGAUGCACGUCCACUUGUGGAUGCCUCACCCGCCACUUCCGAAUCGUCACUGAACAGAGGAAAAUCAGAACCUAGUACCAUAUCAAAUGAAGAUGCAGAGGAGAUAGUCCGAGGUGAAUCAAAGGACACUUUUGAUGAAUACAAUUUACUCGCAACGACCCAAACCAGCGAUGAUGAAGAAGAAAGCUCUGUUUCGAGACGUGCGCAAAACACAUCUACAGAUGAACAAACUUAUCAGCCACAGGUACUCAAUUUAGAGAACGGAACAAUAAGCGGUACAGCGAUUGAGCGUGAUCGAACUGGCAGUGAAGCUUCUCUCCAAUCAGCUAGCAAGCAUGAGGCGAGACAAAGAGCACGAGAGGAGCUUAUCGACCAGUACAGGCAGGCGGUUAUGGACCACAAGGUGGCGCGGGAAGCGAACCUUCAACUGCAGACCAAACUAGCUGAAUACUUCCGUAGAAAAAAAGCCGACGCUGCCGAACAACAAAGUGGAGCAUCUAGUAUGGGUGGUAGUACGACAGAUAAUGUAGUAGAUUACGAGCAGCGCUACAAUAAAUACAUCUCUAGUUUAACAGAACUCAGGAAUCAAUAUCAGAAAAUGCAAUCAUCUUAUCAGAAACAGAUUGAGGAGUUGAAAGCUGUAUGUGCUGAACGGCAAAAAGAAGUAGACGACGCCUAUAGGGACUUCACAAAUUACAAAUAUAACGUCGGGAAGAAGGCGCUGCAUGGCCGUACAGGGCGACCGAUCAACCCAAAGGACCUGCUUGCCAUGUUGAAUGCAGAGCAGAAGAAAGAGGCAAUUGUGAUGGAAGUCCGCCUAGAAAAUAUAAAACUCCGUAACGAAGUUGCUAAAAUGGAGGCAAUAUUGAAGUCAAAAGAGGAGUUGGCCGAGGGUCUUCAUUUAAUUGAUUUUGAACAGUUGAAAAUAGAAAACCAAACCUACAAUGAAAAGAUAGAAGAAAGAAAUGAGGAGCUUGCAAAACUGAAGAGAAAAAUUGCAAGUACUGUACAAAUUAUGACGCACGUAAAGGAAAAACUUCAAGCAGUGCAAUAUGAGAAUGCAAAACAGAGACAACGUUUGGCAAUAGCUGACGCCGAGCUGACGUUUAACAGAGAUCAGUUAGCUAAACUGAAGAAAGCUCGUGAUCGCAUCAGAAUGGACAAUUCUAAGCUCCGUCGUUCUUGCGGGUUGCUAGGCAAAACUGCUUUGCUGCUUAAUUAUGAAGACUCAGUGGAUGCUGUCUUAGAGAAGAAGGCGGCACUUGAAGAGACCAAGAAAAUCACAGCACAGUAUCAAACACGCACAAAAAGUCUGAUUGAAAAGAUUGAAGGACGUGCGGAAAACAUGGACAGACCUUGA